AUGAGAAUCCAAGAUAUAUGUAUUCUUUUGACUGUAGGUUUCCUUUCGACUACAGUUUACGGAAAUUUCGCAGGCUCAGCAGCUGCAGUGGAUAUUGGAAUAGUUGACUAAGCCAAGAAAAUUGGCAUGCCUAUCAUUGAACAGACUCUGAAUGACUACAAAAUGGACAAGAUUACCUUCGACGGGGGCUGGGUUGACAAUGUCGAUCUUUAAUUCCAAUUCAACAGCUUAGAUGCCAUUAAGGUUAGCUUUGACGGUUCUUAGAAUGCAGUCAGAGUAACUGCUGACAAUAUCAAUGGUACCAUCAAUGGAGAUUUCAUGUAUAAAUUGCUACUCAUCCAAGCCAAGGGACACUUUAAAGUGACUUUAUUCAAUGAUGCAGUUAAGUUGGACAUGGUUGUUCCACUCACGAGCCAAUCCGUCGAUGGGAGAAACAUGCCAACAGUGGACAUCAGCAAGUUCGACUUGGACAUUGAUCACUUCAAGUUCAGAAUUGACAUCACUGGAAGCGUCUUAGCAGAUAUCAGUGACGCCUUCGUAACCAUGUUCAAGAAACUGAUUCUUAAAGAGAUCAAUGCAGCCAUCAAUGAUAAAGUUCCAGCACUGGCAAAAGACACAAUUAACUCUAUGAUUGCAAAGACCAAUGGCAGAGUCAGUGUCUAUGAUAAAAUCAUGAUGGAUAUCACAUUCGCCUCUAAUCCAGUUAUCUCUGACAGCGGCAUGGCUCUUUAUUUGAACUCUACUGUCUACGAAGAGGGCUCAGGCUACAAAAUCCCACUUGUUCCAAUUUCAGACAUUUAGGUUUUACCUUCAACUCCUCAGUCGGUUCAAGUCUCACUUUCACAUUUCGCUGCUGAUUCAUUCUUAAUGGCCCUACAGGAAAUGAACCUCUUUAGCUACACAAUCAAUGAUAAGACACUAGGAUCAAUGUCAUCUAUGCUAACCACUACAUAUCUCGAUGGUCUUCUUCCAGGACUCUAAGCUAAAUAUGGUAAAGAUUAGCCAGUGACGAUCGAAGCCAAAACCUCUUAAGCCCCAAGAACUCUCUUCAAGCUUGACAAUUUUGGAAUCCUAAUGACAAUGGACAUGAUCUUCAGAGUGAAUAAUGAAGUGGCUAUUGUAGUCUCUCUAUAAGAUUUUGUCUCUACAGUUCAAGUGACUCUCAAGGAAACCAACAUGACUGUUAAGGUUCUCACUUGCAAGGUCAGCCAAGUUUCAGCUUCUCAAUCUCAAAUUGGUGAAUUCAGUUCGGACGACUUUAGAGCCUUCUUCAACGUUGGCAGCAAGAUUGCCAUUCCAUUCAUCAAUAAUAUUUUCCUCAACACCCCUUUCGUGCUCCCUAACACCUACUUGAAUAUGGUCAGAAUCCAGGCUGCUGAAUUCAAAUCCUUUGACAACUACCUCGCAGUCAGCGUUACACCUGAGUUUAUCGUAUGA